CUGACGCCUGGAGGGAAGCCUGCUCCCGCCCGCAGUCCCGCACGUCGCGCUCCAGCCAGCCCGCACUGGGCACCCGGCGCCCUAAUCCCCUCACCGCCGCGCCUGCCCAUGCCCCUGCGACCCCGCGCACGCUCCGCCGCCGGGGCUCCGCUUCCAGAGCAGAAAGCCCGAGGAGACUGCCGCCUCCCGGGACCGUCCGCAACCACCAUGAGUGAAAUUCCUAAGGACCCCCUGAAGGCCAUUCUGUUAGAGUUGGAAUGUCACUUUACAUGGAAUUUGCUUAAGGAAGACAUUCUGUUUGAUGUGGAUGAUACAAUCAGGCAGCAGCUUGAGUUUCUCACCACAGAAUCUAGACUCACUCUUUACAACCUAUUGGCCUACGUGAAACACCUAAAAGGGCAAAAUGAAGAUGCUCUGGCAUGCUUGGAACAAGCAGAAGACAUGAUCCAGAGAGAACACCCCGACGAAGAAGAAAUACGGCGUCUGGUCACUUGGGGAAACUAUGCCUGGGUGUAUUAUCACAUGGACCAGCUGAAGGAGGCUCAAAAGCAUUUAGACAAGAUAGGGGCCGUCUGCAAGAAACUGUCCAGUCCUUCUGACUACAAGUUGGAGAGUCCUGAGAUUGAAUGUGAAAAAGGGUGGGCACUCUUGAAAUUUGGAGGAAAGUAUUACCAGAGGGCUAAAGCAGCUUUUGAGAAGGCUCUGGAGGCGGAGCCUGACAAUCCAGAAUUCUGCAUCGGCUACGCCAUCACGGUGUAUCGGCUGGAUAACUGUAACAGAGAAGGGCCUCCAAGGGGCUGGUCUCUGGGCCCGCUGAGGAAGGCUGUCACCCUGAACCCAGAAAACGCCUACAUUAAGGUGUUACUGGCACUGAAGCUUCAAGAUGUACAUGCAGAAGCUGAAGGGGAGAGGUACAUGGAAGAAAUCCUGGACCAGAUAUCCUCCCAACCUUACGUCCUUCGUUAUGCAGCCAAAUUCUAUAGGAGAAAAAAAUCCUGGGACCAAGCUCUUGGACUUUUGAAAAAGGGCUUGCAGGUGACGCCUACGUCCUCAUUUCUGCAUCACCAGAUGGGACUCUGCUAUAGGGGACAAAUGAUCCAGAUCAAGAAGGGCACGUGCAACAGGCCUAGAGGGGAGGAUAAACUGAGGGUUGACAGGCUUAUUGCAAUGGCUCUGUAUCAUUUCAGAGCAGCUGUGGAACGAGACUCCACAUUUGUGUUUGUCUACACAGACCUGGCCAACAUGUAUGCUGAGGGAGGCCAGUGCAGCAAUGCUGAAGACGUUUUCCAGAAAGUCCUUCAUCUGGAGAACAUAAGUGAUGAUCACAGACAUCAGAUCCACUAUUACUAUGGACGCUUUCAGGAGUUUCACUGUAAAUCAGAAAGCACUGCCAUCCACCAUUACUUAGAGGCCUUGAAGUUUAGAGACCGGUCACUCCUCCGCCCCAAACUAACAAGUGCUCUGAAGAGACUGGCUGACAAGAGACUUAGUCAGGAUCCUUCAGAUGUGCAGAGUUUAUGUGCCCUGGGGUUUGUUUACAUGCUGGAGGGAGAAAAGAAGCAAGCUGCUGAGUACUAUGCUCAGGCCCAGAGGAUCAAUCCAGAAAAUGCAGAGUCCCUUGCUGCCCUCUGUGAGCUCCAAGAUCCAGAAACUGCAGAGUCCUUUGCUGCCCUCUGUGAGCUCUGAGAUCCAGAAAAUGCAGUCCCUUGCUGCUGUGAGCUUCGACUUUCUAUUUAAAUAUGCACCCUAGAGGGUGCCUGGGUGGCUCAGCAGGCUCAGUGGGCUAAGCAGGCUAAGCAUCCAACUUCGGUUUAGGCCAUGAUC